AUGUCACCUCCUACGCAUGGCAGUCCUGCUGAGGAUGGCACGGAACCGAACUCAAGCCCAGAGGACUUGGUUCAGUCAAUCCAGGAAAUUUUCGCCCGCAGUUCCUCGGAUAUCCUCUUCUCAGUUGGAGGAAAGAUUGACCUGACGAGUGCCACUACUCAGACCACUCACGAAAAAAGAGGUCCAGUAACAAUUCGCUGGGACUCUGGGCCUGAGGGAAGCCACCUUAGAAAGAUAUCCUUCCCUCAUGACGAAAAAAAGGCCGCCAUGUCCGAUUCCUUGGAGCAUCUUUUGAAGGACUGUGAGCCUGCGACUUUUGGCCGUGGCAGUCAAGAGGUGCUUGACGAGGACUACCGCCAAGCUUCAAAGAUGGAUAUCGACAAAUUCUGCUCUGACUACUCACCCCACGAUAGCCGGGUCAUGGAAAGAAUUGGCCAGGCCCUAGCAUUCAGCUCCGAUACCAAAAGCAGCACCCGUGGUCUCCGAGCCGAGCUAUACAAGUUGAAUGUCUACUCUGCGCCCUCGGGGAAAUUCAAAGCCCAUGUGGAUACUCCCCGCGGAGAGGAUCAAAUGGGGUCACUUGUGGUUUGUCUGCCAACUCCACAUGAAGGUGGAGAGCUUACCAUUCGACGCAAAGGUCUGCAAAAAGUCUAUAGCUGGGGCCCAUUGAGCACUUCACAUAUUCAAUGGGCAGCAUUUUACUCCGAUGACGAACAUGAAGUCAGCGAGGUCACCAAGGGGCAUCGUAUCACCCUUACAUACAAUCUCUAUUGGACCUCAUACAACCAGACGAGCAUGGAGAGCUUCGUUAUCGAAGACCUCCAAUCGCCACCGUGGCUUGCGAAGCUGGAAGAGCUUUCCAAGUGCAAAGACUACCUGAAGGACGGUGCACUCGGCUUUUGUGCCACCCAGAAAUAUCCUCACUCCGCUUCGACUGCAGCCAGAGGCAACAUAGAAGAGCGGCUAAAGGGCCUUGAUAUGGUGGUCUUCCAAGCAUUAAACCACCUAGGGGGUUCUACACGGGUGACUACUGUAGUCAAUGACACGGAUUAUCAAACGCAACUCCGGGAAUUUAGAGAAGAGAUGAUGUUAGAAGAUGAGAAUCAAGGGCCAGAAGAUGAGAAACAAGGGCCCGAAGAAGAGGAAAAUGGGGCCAAUAAAAAACAAUGCAAGUACUAUGUGGGCGACGGUUUCCACUCACCUCUCCUAAGAGACGAACUUGCCGACGAAGAAGAAUACCCAUCCCCAGGCCAGUUUGGAGGAUAUAGUCACAUGGAAGUUACAUGGCUCAACGAAAAACACCAGGGUAACCAUGAGCUUGCGAUGGCAAGUAUUGUGACAGGGAAUCAGCCUACAAUGGAGGCCUAUUACUCGACAGUCGCAAUUAUUGCCGAGUUUAAAUGA